AUGGUUCUAGAGUAUGACGCAAUUCGAGAUCUCAUUCAACAGCUCGAGGCUGACAGAAGAGCGUACCUAUCGACCUUCGAGAAAGUUCAUGAGACUCUGGAACAAGCACUCAAUGGCCGAUCUGCCAGAGAGGAUACGCUGUCCGAAUUGGCGCUAUUGAAUUCCGGCCCAAGGCCUAUAGUGGCGUCUCCUAAGAUACUACCUCUUUCAAGCACUGGGCGAGACAUAGAGCAACCAACCGUGCCGCAAGCCCUUACAAAAGCUCGUCGGGCUUCCACCUACAUCUUGGAACAUAGCCAAGCCCAUCAGACCAAAGACUCCAUUUUCACGGGAGAUCUGACUUCGGACAGCGAAGAUGACGAAUCGCUUUUUGCACAGGAGCUCCUACCAUCCGUAGAACAUUCCGAGGUGGACUUGAUCGAUCAUCUAAAAAGUCAUGACUGGGAUAUUUACAGCAAAUAUAUUCUUCAGGAUCUCCUCCGAAACCUGAGCCUUUUGGAGAAUGGGAUAUUCUUGAAGGAUCGGCAUCACCAAAUCGACGCAAAUCAUCAACAUGCGGACAUCUAUCAUGUAUCUACAGAUGGAGCUCCUUUGCGGUAUAGCAGAGGUGAUUCAGAAGAAGGCCCUCUCGCUGUGUGGGAGGCUCUUCGAAGCACAAACUCUGACGCAAAAAGGCAUCAGGCAGUGGGUAGGAUCAUUAUUGUCCGGGAGCCUCCUUCCAGCCUGUUUGCCGCACUACACCUGACAAUGCGAGACUAUUUCGACAUGGACAGCAUAUACCGCAUGUUGAUUGACGAUACAACGCCAACGAAAGCCUUUACCAAAGGGUAUCUUGAGAAAGACCACCGCCGGCAGCGUUCAGUCGUCUUCGUUUUCAAAUAUCACACCAUCAUUGGCGAUGGUAGAUCACCUCUUCCAUGGCAAAACUAUGACGAUAGUGUUCAAGAACAUUCCGAUGACCACAUUCCUUUGUCUACUUGUUCGUCCGUGGUGGCACUAUCAUUAGCUGGCAAGUCGAGUCACACUCUAAGACGCAACUCUCGAAAAAGGAAAUCUAUUGUUGGUCAUAUCUACGAUCCCUUUGCCCCCUGGCAUGUUUUGUCGAUACAGUGUUUUCCUGAUUGGAGAUCUAGUGUCGACGUCCACGAAACAAACCAUCAUUAUGUUAAUGGGCCUGAUGCGUUCCUUUCUUCUCUAAUGGUGGAAUACCGAGAUGCCGUCAAGCGGUUCAGAGAGGUGUUCUCGAGUAUACAACGACUAGCGACGCCGCCCAACAGAUCCAUAUUUGACAGAGGCUUGAGGGAUGAGCUUCUGUUUGAAAAUGACAAAUACACAUACUCGCGAAGAUAUUUCUGGGCCUCGCAGACGCUUGGGUUAUUGAGUAAUGAAAUUAAGGCGAUGAUCACGGCCUACAGAGAGACAUUCACCGACGAGUUUUGGUCGGGUGAGCAUAAAACAUUAUUUCCAGGGACAAAGGAGCAGUCUCCCAAGUAUCACAACUGGAGAAAGAAGCUCAUACAUACUCGAAGACAAUUCGAAAAGGAGAUUGUCCGCUUAGAGGAGGUGCUACACAUGUUCCAACAGCAACAAAAAGAAAUUCGCAACCUAAGGGAGUGGCUGUUUAGUGGUACCUCAGUUCUGGAAAGCAGAGAAGCUGUCAACAUGGCCAAAAUCACUGUCGAACAGGGCUACAAUAUCCGACUGUUGACAUUGGUGACACUCUUCUACCUCCCUUUGACUUUUGUCACCUCCAUUUUCGGAAUGACAAACAUGCCUGUGGAUGAUAAUUUCCUCCCUUUCGCCGUGACCGUGGUGGGGAUUUGUAUUCCUACAUACCUACUGAUUCUGAUAGUCAACAAUCCAGACAAUAGCAGAAGAUUGUUCGCAAACAUCGGUCUGGCCCUGAUCAAACUCGUCUCCUUUGCCGCUCCAAGGAGGUCUGAAAACCUGAAAAAGAAGAUCCUUGCAAAAAGAACAACUUCUGCCGACGAAAAGCAGACAUCCGUUCAGGGACCGCCAGUUCAUGCUAGUCUUGAGGCGAGGUUGUCUCAUGAUUUGAGCUCGGAGACGUCGGUUCGGGGCUCACAAGGGUUUCUCCUAGCCAACACACGACGCAUGUCCCGGGGCGUCUUAAACUAUCUUCCUGGGGGUGCGAGACAUACACUGCAGUCUCCCGCAACGGACCACAGCAACGCCUUGGAUAUCUGGCCUGACGAUGUUGGCCAGACGCCCUUGAGACACCGACAAAGAUCGAGCACCAUCAAGUUCGAAGAGCCUCAGUACAUGCCAACAAACGUAACCGUCACGGAGUCGGAGGGGAAGAGCCAGUAUGAAAGAGAGGGGCUGAGAGGGUCAAGACAGGCCACGGGUGGUUCUCCAGGCACAAUGUUCCUGUCUCCCGCCGUCGAGUCAAGACACUUUGGCGAAGAGUCGCCGGGGCUGAGUCCGUCUCGGCAGAAUUUGAGUGAGAGGCGUCCUCCACUCGCGGGCUCUCCAACCUAUCCUGCCACAGUCAGGACACGGAGUUUCAGCCCUGGCGGCCCGGAUGGACGUUCAUUAUUGCGAAGGCUGAGUGAGCGUUUAUCGGCACUACCCAGGUCGUCGGACGAAGGAAGCAAACCGUCCGAAGAGUCUGUUUGA